AUGAACGGAAUACCUUUAGAUGGACGUCUUGAGUUGUUGUUGGUUUGGCUCAUACAAUUUACCGAAUCACAAAAUAUUAGCUCCGAAAUCAUGCCACUCGCAUUGAACGGCCAUUAUAUCACAUGGCCAUCGGUUAAAACCCAAGAAAAAUUCAUCAACGACAAACGAUAUAUACCGAAAAACAUUAUUUACACCAGAUUUCAGUUGUGUUCCGAUCGAGUCUUUAUGGCUGCUCCUCGUUACAAGCUAGGGGUGCCGUUCACAUUGGGUAAUAUGGAUCUCAAUAACAUGAAUAAGUGUUAUAAUUAUGUGAAACCGUUCCCAUGCAUGAGCAAGCAAGAUUCGGGAACAGGUACGUGUGUUAGCGGAUCGUUGAUCAAUGCCAUUGAUUUGGUGAUGGGACAAGAUGGAAUACUUUGGGUGUUGGACAUUGGUAUUUCAGAUACCCUAAAUGACCAUCCGUCUAGAGACGGUGAUCCAAAAAUAGUUGGAUUCGAUGCGACUACAGGAAAAAUCAAACACAUGAUAUCUUUACGCACGUUAGCCUGCCGGGCGAAAAGCCGAUUGCAGUACCUGGUGGUGGAGUACGUGAAAGAGGCCACAACGGUGCUGUAUGUGGGUGACGGUGGUACACGUUCCAUUAUCGUAUGGUACGUACAAAGCAACGAAGGGUACCGGAUCAAGCUGCCGCACUCGACCGUUCAAGGUUGCACGGACGGACCGCAGGAAGACGUUUUCUAUAUAGCGCUUGUGGAACACGAGACAUGCAAUUACAUUUACUUCACGUACCUGUCGAGCCAAGACAUAUUCCGCAGCAAAACGAAAGACUUGCGCAAACGUAUGAACCCCAAGUGCAUAGUCAACAUGGGCAAAAAACCGUGCAAAAUGGUGUUCCUAGGAGUCGGUUACGGGUCAAUCUUGUAUUUUCGGAUCAAGGGCCAGAACCACUUGUACGGCUGGGACACGAAACAGAGUUUUCUGGAGGAAAACUUCAUGAUUGCGCGCAAGAGCAAGGAUUGCCGGACAAUAACACACGUGGACGUAGACAACGACGGUGUCCUGUGGGUGUUGGAGAGCAACAUACAAGAUUUCAUCACCGGCCAUGUGGGCUGCUUCGGGCCAAGUAUAAUGCUGACGCCCGUUUUCGAAACCCCGACGCCAGUCUCGUGCGAUUUUGAUAGUAACACCGAUGAAACGUUGACAUUAUUGCGAUGA